UUACUGUUCCACAUUCCAUUUGUUCCAUCGGCCCUGAUAAAUGCCGAGGAAUCGCGUCGUAUUUUAUAAGUCAUUGCUAAAUUUAUAUUUUUUUUUUAACGGUAGUACUUUGAUGUAUUUGCUCUAAUUCCCGAAGUAAUUACAAAACAGUUUAACAAUAUUAGUUGUUAGGCGUGCCUUUUUUCUAUUCGUAAGACGCACGGCAUGGAGACGACUGAAAAAGAAAAACCAGGCACCGACGAAGCCGAGAACUUAUUCGGACCUGCGGAGAACACUGCAGAUCCGGUGGUGCAGGCUGUGUUGAAAGAGGGUCAGGAAAUUAUUGCCGAAGCGACCAAUUUGGAUUCAGUAUUGGAUGCCAAAGGCAAGAGCAAGUCGCCUUCGCCUGCGCCGAAAGAUGACAAUGAUGAUGCUGCCCCUGCAGCUCGUUUAGGUAGCCGCAGUCGCAGCCGUAGCCGAAGUGGGUCCAGAAAGGGCUCCCGCUCGCGAAGUGGAUCGCGGCGUUCCCGCAGUGGGUCUGCCCACUCGGCAGCCAGUUCCCAGCGGUCCAAACAGUCCUUGAAUGGCUCCCGUCGGUCUCGCAGCGGCUCUGCUCGCUCCCGCAGUGGAUCCCGGCACUCGGAGGCUCCUCAUGCUUCGCCUACUGGCUCCAGGCGUUCCCGCAGUGGCUCCCGGCGCUCGCGUAGCGGUUCAAGACGUUCACGCAGUGGUUCAAAGCGUUCCCGCUCUCGCAGUGGUUCUAAACGAUCCCGCAGUGGAUCAAAGCGUUCCCGCUCUCGCAGUGGUUCUAAGCGAUCUCGCAGUGGAUCAAAGCGUUCUCGUAGUGGUUCAAGACGAUCACGCAGCGGAUCACGUCGCUCCCGCAGCAGAUCCGGGUCGAGGCGGUCCAGUAGAUCCCGCAGUGGUUCGCGACGUUCACGUAGUGGCUCAGGAUCGAGACGCUCACGCAGCGGAUCUGGCUCGAGACGUUCUCGCAGUGGCUCCCGGCGUUCUCGCAGUGGCUCUAGACGUUCCCGCAGUGGAUCGGUACGCUCUCGCAGUGGAUCUCGACGUUCCCGCAGUGGUUCCAGGCGUUCGCGCAGUGGAUCUGGCUCCAGACGGUCUCGCAGCGGAUCCCGGCGCUCCAGAAGCGGAUCUAGGCGCUCGAGAAGUGGUUCUAGGCGUUCCAGGAGCGGAUCUAGGCGCUCUAGAAGUGGAUCCCGACGCUCUAGAAGUGGAUCCAGGCGCUCAAGAAGCGGAUCCCGGCGCUCCAGAAGCGGCUCCAGGCGUUCUAGGAGCGGAUCUAGGCGCUCCCGAAGCGGCUCCAGAGUGUCCCGUUCACGUAGUCGCUCCAAAAGCGCUGGCUCUCGAAAGGGAUCUCGAUCUCGGUCCGGCAGUGCUGCUUCUCAAGAUGGCGCGCGACGCAAAAGAUUGGCCAUCAGCGAUUCAGAAGACGAAGGUCCCAAAAUCGCCAAGAAGCGUGUAAAAAUCACCGACACAGAUAACGAAGAGGAGGAAGACCAGAAUAAUGAUCUGGGCAAAGAAAAAUCACAAGAUAAAAUAACAGAAAGUUCUGAUGAUGAGAACACGCCUAUUUCAAAUGAACCGGAAAACAGCAACUUUGUUUCGGACUUUGAUGCAAUGCUUAUGCGUAAGAAGGAGGAAAAGCGCGUGCGACGUCGCAAGGGAGAUAUUGAUAUAAUCAACGACAAUGACGAUCUGAUUGAUCAGCUCAUUAUUAGCAUGAAGAACGCUUCGGACGAUGACCGACAGCUGAAUAUGAUGGGUCAGCCGGCCACAAAGAAGAUUUCCAUGCUGAAGCAAGUGAUGUCGCAGCUAAUUAAGAAGCACUUGCAGCUCGCCUUCUUGGAGCACAAUAUACUCAAUGUACUUACAGAUUGGCUAGCGCCCCUGCCAAACAAAAGUCUGCCAUGUCUUCAGAUACGCGAAAGUAUUCUUAAACUUUUGUCAGAUUUCCCAACCAUUGAAAAGGGACUUCUCAAACAGUCGGGCAUUGGCAAGGCUGUAAUGUACUUGUACAAACAUCCUCAGGAGACUAAGACAAACCGCGACCGAGCCGGUCGCCUGAUUUCUGAGUGGGCCCGCCCGAUAUUCAACCUCAGCUGCAACUUCUCGGCGAUGAGCAAGGAGGAGCGGCAGGAGCGUGAUUUGGCGCAGAUGUCGCGCCAUCGCCACAAAGGUCCCGACCCACAACCAGCCGCCUCCUCCAGCAAAGCCCGCUCCCUGAAUCAGACCUUCUCCAGCGAAGACAAGCUGCUUCGACCAGGCGAUCCCGGCUGGGUUGCCCGCGCCCGUGUUCCCAUGCCCUCCAACAAGGACUACGUCAUUCGACCGAAAUCAACAGUCGAAGGCGAAAUCUCUACGUCAACAAAACGUAAGCCAAACCGCUACGAAAAGCACAUGAAACGUUUCCUGGACUCAAAGCGACUGAAGGAGAGUCGCAGGGCUGUCGAAAUAUCUAUAGAGGGUCGCAAGAUGGCACUGUAAGCAGCAUUCUAGCUAACUUUAAAUGAAAUAAAAUCCAAAUCAUAGAACAAAAUUUAAAAAUAUAUUUUUGAAUAUAAUAAUUAAA